CUCGGAGUCGCAGUUCCGGAAUUAGUGUUUCCGGGUCGCGUCCGGGGUGAGGGGGGGAAAGCCUCGGCGGUGUUGCUAGCGGAACCAAAGCCUGGAGGUCUCAGACUAGGCAGCAUGGCCGUAUUCCGGUCGGGCCUCCUGGUACUGACGACGCCGCUGGCCUCCCUGGCCCCUCGCCUGGCCCCUAUCCUGACCUCGGCGGCCCGGCUGGUGAAUCACACGCUCUAUGUACACCUGCAGCCGGGCAUGAACCUGGAGGGCCCGGCUCAGCCCCAGUCCAGCCCCGUGCAGGCCACAUUUGAGGUUCUCGAUUUCAUCUCGCACCUGUACGCUGGCGCCAACGUCCACACGCACCUGGACGUCAGAAUCCUGCUGACCAAUAUCCGAACCAAGAGCGCCUUUCUCCCCCCCAUGCCCAGCUCAGUCCAGAACCUGGCCCACCCGCCGGAGGUGGUGCUGACUGACUUCCAGACCCUGGAUGGAAGCCAGUACAACCCGGUCAAGCAACAGCUAGAGCGUUAUGCCACCAGCUGUUACAGUUGUUGUCCACAACUGGCUUCAGUGUUAUUAUACCCUGAUUAUGGGCCUGGAGAGCUGUCUGUGGAGCCCCUGGAUGUCCCCUUACCCUCCACUAUCAGGCCAUCCUCCCCCGUGGCCAGAUCUCCAAAGCAGCCCGUGCGUGGCUACCACCGUGGGGCCGUGGGUGGCACAUUUGAUCGCCUGCACAAUGCCCACAAGGUGUUGCUCAGUGUCGCCUGUAUCCUGGCCCAGGAGCAGCUUGUGGUGGGAGUAGCAGACAAAGACCUGUUGAAGAGCAAGUUGCUCCCUGAGCUGCUCCAACCCUAUGCAGAACGCGUGAAACAUCUGAGUGAGUUCCUGGUGGACAUCAAGCCCUCCUUGACUUUUGAUAUCAUCCCCCUGCUGGACCCCUAUGGGCCCGCGGGCUCUGACCCCUCCCUGGAGUUCCUGGUGGUCAGCGAGGAGACCUGUCGUGGGGGGAUGGCCGUCAACCGCUUCCGCCUUGAGAAUGACCUGGAAGAGCUUGCCUUGUACCAGAUCCAGCUACUGAAGGACCUGUGCCACGAGGAAAAUGAAGAGGACAAAGUCAGCUCUUCCAGCUUCCGCCAGCGAUUGCUGGGAACCCUGCUUCGGCCACCACAUGAGAGUCCAGAGCUCCCCUCGUGUCUCUACGUGAUUGGGCUGACAGGCAUCAGUGGCUCUGGGAAGAGCUCAAUAGCUCAGCGACUGAAGGGCCUGGGGGCAUUUGUCAUCGACAGUGACCAACUGGGGCAUCGCGCCUAUGCCCCAGGUGGUCCCGCCUACCAGCCUGUGGUGGAAGCCUUUGGAACAGUCCUCUGUCUCUGUCAUCCAGAUAUUCUCCAUAAAGAUGGCAUUAUCAACAGGAAGAUUCUGGGCAGCCGGGUUUUUGGCAACAAGAAGCAGCUGAAGAUGCUCACGGACAUUAUGUGGCCAGUUAUUGCAAAGCUGGCCCGAGAGGAGAUGGAUCAGGCUGUGGCUGAGGGAAAGCAUGUGUGCGUGAUCGAUGCCGCCAUGCUCCUUGAAGCUGGCUGGCAGAACAUGGUGCAUGAGGUGUGGACCGUUGUCAUCCCUGAGACUGAGGCUAUACGACGAAUUGUGGAGAGGGAUGGCCUAAGUGAGGCUGCAGCUCAAAGCCGGCUGCAGAGCCAGAUGAGUGGGCAGCAGCUUGUAGACCAGAGCCACGUGGUGCUGAGCACCUUGUGGGAGCCACAUGUCACCCAGCUCCAGGUGGAGAAAGCCUGGGCCCUCCUGCAGAAGCGCAUCCCCAAGACGCCAUCAGGACCAUGACUGACAAUGAGUUUUCUGUGGGGCUAGAUUGGCCCCUCUCGGAGCUGACAAGAUCCAGGGGUGAAGAGGAAUGGGGGCCUCAAUGCUCAUCCUGGCUUGGGCCUUGAGCGCUCUGAGCUAAGCUGGGCAGGGCUGGGCCUGGUGGACACAGUAAGCCUACCUAGCUUGCUGGUGUUUGGCCAACACUGAAGAUGUGGCUCAUGGGGGAGCAGGCCCCUUUGGCAUUCCAACCCCACUCUUGCCUACAGGUGUCUGAUACCUACAGCUGACUGGGGCUGGGGUAAACGCUGGAUCAUGUAACAGAAUUAAAGGUGAAUGCUUCCAGGUGA